AGCUCAUCAUCUACUCGGCCUUUAAUAUCAUCAUAUACUGAAAGAGAGUUUCGCUCACUUGAACAAUCUGCGUUCAGUACUCCUCCCUACACAAUAGUCUUUUGGUCUUACUCUGAUCAUUGUUCUACGUACUGCACUUAUUCUCAAAUUUAAAAGCCAAUCAAAAAAGAAAAUUUAGUAUUGCCGUUACAGUUUAGACUACCUUUUGUCCAAUAAAAAAAAAAGACUUCCUGUUAUUCUCACUUUCAUUUUGAUCUUGCAUGUUUACACACUUUCUGUUGAUUCUAUCCGUACUCAAUCCCGUGUUAAGCGAAGGAUUUGAAGAGCAACCAGCUUCGGUAACAAGUCGAUCACAAGCAAAAGAUCGAGAUUCGAGAUAGACGAGAUCCAUUCAAGUGAAGGAAUUUGAAAACUGAAUAGCAUUCAUAAAUCAUUACCAAAAGAGAUAUAUAGGGGAUGGACUCAAUUCUUUCAAAAAUUGCCGAGUACACGAUUGAACCCAUUGGACGCCUACUGGGACGCCAAGUGGGUUAUGUAAUUCACUGCAGAACCAACAUUCAAAACUUGAAGAGCAAAGUGGAAGAAUUGAAAGCUUCCACUCUUCCAGGCAGGCGAUAGAGAAUAAGAUUGCUGAAGCCAAAAGAAAAGGUGAAGAGAUUCAACCAGCUGUCCAGUUGUGGCUUAAAAAAGUGGGUGAGAUCACUGCACAGACAGAUGAAUUGUUGAACGAAGAAAGCCAAGCAAAGCUGAAAUGUCUCCAUGGGUUUUGUCCUAAUCUGACUACCCGUCAUCAGCUAAGCAGGGAAUCAACAAAACUGGUACAGGAGGUUGCUGAACAGUAUGAAAAAAGAGAAUUUUCCCAAGUUUCGUGUGGUACUCUUCGGAAGGAGGUAUGGGCUGUAACUAAUGGCGAUUACCAGGCUUUUCGGUCAAGGAUGUCAAUUGUGAAGGAAAUCAUGGAUAGUCUGAAAGACUCCCAUAUUCAUAGGAUGGGGGUGUGUGGAAUCGGAGGAGUUGGUAAAACCACAUUGGUCAAAGAAGUUUACAAGCAAGCUUCAGAAGAUAAAGAGUUAUUUGAUAAUGUGGUGAUCCUAUUAGAUGUGAAAAGUAAUCCAGACCCGGAAGCAAUUCAAAAGAAGAUUGUUGAAAAGUUGGGCAUGGAGCUUCUUCAAACUGAAACUAUAGAAGGAAGAGCGAGUCGGCUAUGUGCCAAGAUACAGGGCAAAAAGAUUCUUAUCAUUUUGGAUGAUGUUCAAGAAAAGAUUGAGUUGGAGGAUAUGGGAGUUCCCCGUCUCCCAACUUGUAAAAUUUUGUUGACAUGCAGAACUCGAGAAGUUUUAUCACUUGACAUGCAGGCGAACAAAGUGUUUCAGCUUGAUCUUUUAGGUAAAGAAGAGACAUGGAGUUUGUUUAAGAGGAUGGCAGGAGAUGUUGUUGAACAGAAUGGUCGUGUGAGAGAUGUAGCAAUCCAAAUAGCCCAAAAAUGUGGAGGUUUGCCAUUAUUAGUCGUCACAGUUGCUAGUGCUCUAAAAGAGAAAAAGAAAUUACAAGCAUGGAAAGAUGCCUUGAGACGACUUAAAAGUUUUGAUAAAGAAGAGUCGACAAAAAAAGCAUAUUUGGCUCUGGAGUGGAGUUAUGAUCAACUGGAUGACAAGGAGCUUAAACCAAUAUUCUUGCUCUGCGGAAUGAUAGUGAUGCAGAACGAUAUUUGUUUGCAAGACAUGCUGAAAUAUGGUAUGGGUUUAGGCUUGUUUAAAAACAUCUCUACAGUGGAAGAAGCACAGGAUUCCAUGGAUACGUUUAUCGAAAAACUGAAAGAUUCUUGCUUGUUGCUAGACGGUGAAACUGAGGGAUGGGUUAGAAUGCAUGAUCUUGUAUGUGAUGUUGCUAAAUGGAUCGCACGCAGAGAUCAAUACAUAUUAUCAGUAGAAUAUAGAGGUGAGUUGAAGGAAUGGCCAGGAAAGGAUUUCUUCAAAAAGUGCACUAAAAUCUUUCUCCCAAGCAGCAAUAUUCCCACACUUCCUGAAAUACCCUUAGAAUGCCCAAAACUAGAAUUGUUUAAUUUGAACGGUGAAGAUGACUCGGUGGUAAUCCCAUCGAACUUUUUUAAUGGGAUGCAGAAACUCAAAGUGCUGGAUUUAACCAAAAUGUGUAUGCCAUCAUUGCCUUUAUCUCUUCAAUACUUGAAGGCGCUUCAAACGUUGUGCUUGGAUCUAUGCACUCUGGGAGAUAUAACUCUAGUGGGGCAGCUAAGUAGCUUAGAAAUUCUUAGCCUUUUAAAAUCCGAAGUUGAAGAAUUGCCUAGAGAAAUAGGGCAAUUGACUCGUCUUCGGAUGUUGGAUUUAUCCGAGUGUUCUCAACUUGAAGUGAUCUCACCUACUGUCAUAUCAAGCUUGGUGCGGUUGGAAGAUUUGAGAAUGAGAAACAGCUUUAACAAAUGGGAGGUUGAAGGUGAAAAUAGUAAUGCAAGCUUGUCUGAGCUAAAGCAAUUGUCUCAGCUAUCCGCAUUAGAAAUACAUAUUCCAGAUGCUGACAUUCUUCCAGCAAACUUGUUCUCCGACAAGUUAGAGAGAUUCAAUAUUUUUAUUGGGGAUGCGUGGGAGGCGAGAUAUUCUUGGGAGAAACCUAUGGCUGCCGUGACUCUUAACACACUGAAACUCAAGCUCACUAACAAUAAGAUUAUGGGAUUAGAUGAAGGCCUAAAAUCAUUGCUGAAGAGAUCUGAGGACUUGUCCUUAGAUGAGAGUGUUGUUAAUAUCAUCCAGCAAUUGGGUACCAAAGAUUUUGAGAAUGUGAAACAUCUACGACUCCAAAGCAAUAUUGACUUUACAGAUCUCAUUAAUAGAAAGGUUGUAUUCCCAAAUCUAGUAACCUUGAAGGUGCAUGGAUGUAAUAAUUCAAGAUUUUUGUUCUCAUUUUCUGUGGCUAAAAGUUUUAUACUAUUGAAACACCUAAAAAUAUCCAUAUGUGAACUUCUGCAAGAGAUUGUAUCAUCAACAAGAGAAUGCAAUGAAGAAAAUAUGGAUGACAUGUUUCCUAAACUUAACACUUUGAAACUCAAAGCACUUCCAAACCUUGCUAGAUUUGGCACAGGAAAUUAUGUUGAAUUUCCGGUCUUGAAAGAAUUGGAGAUAGAUGAUUGUGUUAAAUUGGUGGAAUUCAUUGGCAAUAAAGUUGCUACGAGUAGUGAAGAUACUAGAAACAGCAAGGAAAUUGAACAGAGGAUUUUGGAAGAGGAAGAAAACCUUGAUGUUAAGAGUGAGACUGUUGUACAAUAUAUCCUCUUUGACAAAAAGGUAGGAUUUCCUAGCUUGGAGAGAUUGAGCAUCCAAGGGGCAAGGGAGUUGAAGGCAAUAUGGCAUGUCCAACUUGCUCGAGACUCUUUUCGGAGACUCAAGCAAGUAGAUGUCCAGGAAUGCAAAAAUCUAGUAAGUUUGUUUCCGCCUAGUGUCAUUGGAAGAUUGAAUGCCCUGGAAACCUUGAAGAUAUGGGGCUGCGGAUCACUAGAAGUGAUAUUUGAAUUACCGGGAAGAAGUAAUGUUAAAGAAAUACAUGCCGACACAUCAUUCCCUCAUGACCAGUUGAAACAUUUUGAUUGUCAAAAUCUUGAUUCAAUAAACAUAUACGGGUGUCAUAGUUUGAAACAGAUUUUCCCAGCCUCAGUGGCCAGAGGUCUUCAAUACCUUACUCGGUUGGAUGUGGACAAAUGUGAUGCGAUUGAGGAAAUUGUUGGUGAGGAAGAGGAAAAAGAAGGUCUAGAAACAAUACCUCCUCGUUUUGUGUUCUCAAAAUUAACAUCGGUGGAGUUGAAGAAUCUGCCUCAACUUACGAGUUUCUAUCCCAAAACACAUGCUUCCCAGUGGCCAUUACUUGAAAAAUUGGAAGUGGUGAGAUGUGAUAAAGUGGGAAUAUUGGCCGCAGAAUUUUCAUUCUCUCAAAAGAAUCGUGAGAUGAAUCAUCUAAUGUCACAACCACCUUUCUUUUCAAUGAACGAGGGUUCGUUCGUCAACUUGGAAGACUUGGAAUUGACCUGCAGCGAAAUUUGGAAUGGACCACCCCCAGCAAAUCCGUUGGUGUUUGACAAAUUAAAAUCAAUAACCUUUCAUGGGAGUUGUGCACCUUUCUCCAAGCAAGCUUCGGUCAUUUUUCUCCAGAGAUUACAAAAUCUUGAAAAAAUUGGAAUGGACAAUUGUUCUUUGGAAGCAAUAUUUGUCAAUCAAGGAAUUAGUAUUGGGGAAAAAAAACAUGAUGAUGCAGUUAGGGGUGGGGGCCUCCCGCGUGUAAGGAUUUUGAGCCUCCAGAGAAUGGACGAACUGAUGCAUCUAGGGAAUGACAACUCCCAAUCACUACUUUUUCCAAAUUUGGAAACUAUUGAGGUGUCGUGGUGUAUGAGAUUAAAGAGUCUAGAGUCAUAUGCAAUAUUCUUCCGAAAUCUAACAACUUUGACAAUAUAUGCUUGUGAUGGAUUGAAAUAUUUAACAAGUUAUUCAAUGGCUAAAAGCCUAGUGCAACUCACGACGUUGGAAGUAAACUACUGUGAUGGAAUUGUAGUAAUAGUGUCAAGCAACGGAGAUGAUGAUGCUUGUACAGCAAGAAAUGAGAUCGCUUUCAGCCACUUGCAGCAUUUGAAGCUUACUCGUCUACCAAGUCUACAAGAUUUUUGCUCCGGGAAUUGCACACUCAAAUUCCCAUCCUUCAUGACCUUACAAGUAGAACACUGCCCGAUCAAGUUGAAGAUUUCCCCUGAAGGAGUCCUCAUGACCGAGAUAGACCAUCAAUUUCAGCAAAACAGAGUCGAUUAUGAUAGUGAUGAUGAGGAGGAGGGGGAUGUUGAAACGGCUGAGAAAAAUCCUGAAAUAUUAUCAGAAGGGCCUGCGAGCUAGUUGCCUGCCGAAACUGGUGUUGCAAGACUCCAUUUCAAAAUCUCUGCUGAUCUUAAUCUUGCAAAGCUGUCUCUCAACUUGCAGCGGCAAGUUCACAAGGCUAGCUCACAUGUCUGAGUGGAAUAUUCUGCCCGAAUUGUGUUUGACAAAGCGGUUGCGCAUAUGCAUUUAUUAUCUAUUCAGUGUGUCAUUUGGCUUUUAAUAUAAGUCUGAUUUUCUUCUUCAUAGAGGGAGAGUGAUUGUUAUUGGUGUUCUGCUCUCCUUGAGUGUGCCUUUGGUCUUGCCGGGCUGGGACAGAUAAACACUUUGUGAUCCUUAGAAGUUAGAACUGCUCUUUCGUUUGGAUUGCAUUUUUCAGAAAUGUAUCUCUGCUUCGAGUGUGUGGUUGUUCUGUUUUAACCGCUUCUAAAUCUGUUGUUGUAGUUAUGGUUCUGUCAAGAUAGGUACCAAUCAUCCAAAAACCCAGCUAUUUGGUGAUUCUUUGUAUGCUGUCUUGCUUAAAAAUAAUUUGUUGUACAUAAUUGGAUAAUUUGUAUUGUAUUGUAUUCAUCUCAUUAUGAGGUUUAUAUAAGGUUACAUUAAUUAUGUAUACAAAAGGCAAUACAUAAUAGCUAUACUAA